AUGAACCACACCCCUAGCCCCCACAUGGCCGAGGCCGCUAAGUCCGGGGCGGGCCUGCUCUGUGGCCUGGGCCUGGGGCCGGACAGGGUCCGCUCUCCUGAUAGCCUGACCCACACGCCCAGCCCCACGGGGGGCACCCCCAGCUCCAGCCCUCCCCUGCUGCUCUCUCCUGGCCUGGGCGAGUCUGGGGACUGGGAGAGCCGUGAGGAGCUGCGUCUGAGGGAGCUGGAGGAGGCCAGGGCGCGAGCUGCCCAGAUGGAGAAGACCAUGCGCUGGUGGUCGGACUGCACGGCCAACUGGAGGGAGAAGUGGAGCAAGGUGCGUUCCGAGAGGAACCGGGCACGGGACGAGGUGCGGCAGCUCCGCCAGAGGCUGGACGCCCUGACCAAGGAGCUAACAGGCGCACGGCGAGAGCGCCAGGAACUGGCCUCCGAGAACGAGACACUCAGACAGGAAGCACUGCGUCUCCGUGCUGACCAGGCCUCACCCUCCCACGCCCCCUCAGCACCACCCUCCUCCUCCACCCCAUCCUCCUCCUCCUCACAGCCCCUUGUGGACAGCAAUCAGGACAGGGUGGGCGAGGGGCCCGGGUCACCAGAACAGGAACCAGUGAGAGAUGUAGACACCGAGAAACCUGACCGACAAAAGGUGGGAGAAUGGUCACACACUCUAGAACCAAACAAUAUCAGUAAGAGACUAUAUAGUACUCUAUAACCCAGAACAGUCAGAGAAUAGUUUGCACAGAUCUGAGCCAGGGGAAAGGUUGGUCGGAGGUCUUGGUAGAAGAUCGAGCACCAGUCACUUAUUUGGGCCAGCGUUUCAUCUUGCUAAUGAAGAGCUAGCAGCAGAUAUGGCUCAGAGCAUAACCUCCAGCUGUGCCUUAUUGAGGUCUUCCUACCUGAGCAUUGUGCCUCAGUGGGAGCUCUGCUGGAGUGUAGCUUUUGUUCUUAAAAUAGAAUCCCCCCUGCACAACCCUAUCUUCUACCAAGGGGGCACAGACUGGGUACUGCAGCAUUGGAGCCCAGUCGUUGUUGAGAGUUGGACAAGAUGAGGUUUCUGUUUUUAAGAAAUGUGUAUCUUGGCAAGGAGUGUUCAGCUGUAUGCAGCUCAAGCAGCAGUGAAUACAGAUCAGUGUCAUUAGCAAUCUGACUUGACCUUCAGCCAACUCACACACAGGGGGGGCUGCUGUUUCCAUGGAAACACUCUGACAGACACUUUCACACUCAUCCAGAACAGGAGGUCCACUUCAGGCAUGAAAGGUAAUGGCAAUAACCUUUCUCAGUUUCCCAGUCUGUAGCCAAAGGGAACACAGGAAAUAAGUGAAUAAUGAGAAGACAUACAUCACAACCUGGAGGAGAAUGUCCAGUGAGAUUCUUCCUCAGUGGCUCACCAUGGGCCAACACACACACAGAGCUCUUCCUAGGCAAGCAGCUGGCCAUUGAUAAUAAAUCACUGUUGGAUAAACAGCAGCAUGGAGCUGAGCUGGGCAUUGUGGGGCUGCUCACAUACAAUCCCAUUUCCUGCCCCUCCAUUGUUCUCUCCCUCAGUCUUACACAGACACGCUGAGUGCUUCCACAUGUGGCGGGCUGGGUGAGAGGAGCAGCGCUAUCCCACCCACCUCCACCUCAUACAUUAACCUCUAGGUCCCCCUGCUGGCCACCGCUGGGAACAGCCUGUGUUUUUCCUCCCAUCUGUUGGUUGUGCUCUAGUGCUCAGCUCUCUCAGUAACAGGAAGUUGGCAUCCGGAGCCCUGCGUGACUCCCAGAGACAACCCUUUGAUACUUAAUCCUAGCUGUGAGGAAGAGAAGGACGAGAAUAACAAAUAUGUGUUGUUUAAAAAAAAAAGGCAGUUUUUGAUUACUCCGUCAAACGUCCUGGGAAUGUAUUUUUUACAGACAGGAAAUGGGGAUAGGGGGUAAUAUGAUAGCUGCUGUACCGGCGCUGUUGAGUUAGGGAAAAACCUGUCUCCCUGGUGGGGUUUAAUUAAGAAAAGUUAAUAUUUGAGUCUAGGAGUCUGCUUCGCUCUCCAGCCUUCUCUCUUGGAGUGGAGCUGUGAUGGCUGACGUCAGGGUGUCACGAUCGUUGAACGGAGUAGACCAAGGCGCAGCGUGAUGAGCAAACAUAUUUUAUUAUCUUUAGUGAUAAUAAUAACAAAACAACAAACAAUAACGACACGUGACGUCCUAGGUUUAACACAACCAACACGGAACAAACCAAAAGGAACAAGAUCCCACAACUACUGUGGGAAAACAGCCUGUUUAAAUGUGGUUCCCAAUCAGAGACAACCAGCCACAGCUGACACUCGUUGCCUCUGAUUGAGAACCACACUGGCCAACAUAGAAAUAGAACACAUAGAACUACAACACAGAACUAGAACACAUAGAAUCUACACACCCCGGCUCAACAUAUAGAGUCCCCAGAGCCAGGGUGUGACACAGGGUUUCAGAGUGGGGUGACUCCACUACAUGGUUCAUCUAAUCAAAUCAAAUGUUAUUUGUCACAUGCUUCGUAAACAACAGGUGUAUAACUAACAGUGAAUGAAAUGAGUCUUUCGUUCGUUGAGGGAUCUCCUUCUUUCGUUCGGGUUGAGUUCUGUUCUGUCUGUGCGUUUCGUCUUCUUUUGUCUUUUUUAGUUCUUUCUUCGUUUUUCUUAUUGCUUUAUUCUGUUCUUCUUUUCUUUUUUUUUCUUUUUUCUUUACUUUCUGUUUUCUUUCUUCUUUCUUUCUGUCCUUUCUUCCUUUCUUUGCCCUCCCUUCUCCUAGGAGCUGGAGCUGUUGGAGUCAGUGCUGAGGUCCAAGGCGGAGGGUCCAGACUCGUGGGACGCCCGUAGUGCCAGCAGCCUGCGUUCUGCCCUGAGUCGCCAGGACCGCAGCCGGCUGCUCUGGGAUGACAUCACUGCCAUGGAGGAGGACCCCGGCAAGAUCAACGCCCUCCAGCUCCGCCUCGACGAAUCACAGAAGGUCCUGCUCAAGGAACGCGAGUAAGGAGAGGGGAUCGAGGGAGAAGGAGGGCAAUAUUUAGAGAGGUUGAGGAAUAUUUAAUUAUGUGAAGGUGCUUUCCUCAGAUAUAUUAUGGCUUGUAUGGAAUUGGAGCCAUACGAGACACCUUUCACAAUGCAUCCAUCCAUCAUAUUUCAUUAUCAAAUUAGCAUUAAUGUUGAGUGUAUGGAAAGUGUAGACUAGUAACUGCUCUGUCUCUCUCUGUUCCACCCUGGCCGGGAUGCCAGUCUUAUAAUUUACAAGCAGAGCCUCCUGUUUUGGCCUGAGCUCAGCUCUGGCACUGCUGCAGCUUCCCACUCCCGCCAACACUACCAUCAGCCCCAUUAUCUUUUCCAUUAGAAUCAUAACUGUUUUAUGAGCUCUCUGGAGGCUGCUGAUUUCGCUGGUGAUUUGUCUGCAUCUUCAGGUCCAACAAUCUGGCAGAGCCCAUCUGUCUAUAAGACUGGUUUCUGUUGGGCUAUUCUGCAACAUUCUGGAACAUUCAUUCUGUCAGUGCCAUAGGCACCCUGCUGACCUCAGAAGAUAUUCGCCCAGAAUAUCGAAGUCAGCUGUCACUUUUAGUUAACCAUAACAUCUAUCCAACUCGGUUUUGAUGGCAUCAUGGUUACAUAGUAUUUUGGGGACACAGGUUCUGUCAAGUCUCUUCCUUCAAAAACAUAUUCAAUAGGCGUAGCUAUUUUCCUGUAUUAAAUAUUCAGAACUAAUAUUGUGUAUGCUUUAGAUUGUUCUCUGCAGGCUUGUGAUCUAUCUCUGUUGAAUAGUCAUUACCUAUGUUGUUAGAGUAGUAUUUAACCAACUAUCUUCUCUCCCCAGGGAUAAGCAUGCACUCAGUAAGAGCAUAGAAAAGCUGGAAACAGAGCUAAACCAAUGGAAACUCAAAUAUGAGGAGCAGAACAAGACCAAGCAGGAAGCCAUGAAACAGGUGAGAUUGAGGGUCACCUUUACGUUCUAAUCCCCCAACACCCGUCCAGGGGACAUAUACGUGCCCUCUGAGGCCACGCAUCAAACGGGGUAAAUGCAUCAAACGUCAGCCCUUUCAUCCUGGUGGUUUUAGAAGUGUUGUCAUCAUAUUGGCCAUGGGAAUAUGGCCAUACCCCCCGUACCUACAUCAAUACAGCCUGGCAGACUGGCACACAUCCACCUCACACAGACACACCUGCUGAGACAGCAGCUUCAAAGAGCCAGGGCCGCCGGCUCAGAGAGAGGGUCAAGGGGCCGGAGGAUGGCAUGAAGGUGAGCCACCCACUCUAAAUACAGCCCUGCGGGAUAGGCGUCAGCUGGUGGGUGAGGGGAGAAGGCACUGUCGGGGGGCCUGAUGACCAGAAACCUCCAGGAGUUCCUUCCUGGCUGGCAGGGCAAACCAGCACCAUGCACCGGAGCCAUCAAACCCCAGGCCAUCAAAGUGGAAGAGGGCAAGGCAUAGCAACGGACCUUAAACCUCCAUUUAACCUUCACGAAGCCUGCUUCUGAAAGACACAACCCCCUGCCUCCUCCCUUGGCCCACCUCUUAGCCUUCUAUCACGAACCCCCAGAUCGGCGCCAAACUGAAGGGCAGGCAUACUGUACCAACUCCCAGAACCGGACACCAACUUUCAGAACCGGACACUAUUAUUAUUAUUAUUAUUAUUAUUAUUAUUAUUAAACACCACAUAUAGAGAUAUAUAAAUAUAUACAUAGACACAAUAGUUUGGGACACUCUUCUAAGCAGACUCUUCAAUGUCCUCUUUAUUUAUUAACUUUAAUGUCCUUUUUGAGAGAAGAAUAAUGGUAACAAAAAAAAUAAAGAAAAGAAAUUCACGUUUUCUGUGUUGCUCGCCAUCAGAGUCCGAAAAAGGAAACGGCCAUCUCCUGCAGAUAGUUCACUCUCGUAGUUCACCCCUUUUUUGCCAAACUGAACUUACCUUUUUGGACUGUAGCCCCUGUAGAUGAGGCACUUGACAUGUCACUAAAAGAAAGCAAAUCUGUAUGCGUUGAAAAAAAAUGAAUUGCAGAGCGGCACCUUUUUGUUUUUUCCCCCCAACUUUGACAUUUUUCGCAGGUAACCGUGGAAUGGUAAUAUUGUUUUUAGUCACCAUUGCCUAUUUGCUCUAUUAAAGGACUAAAUUUUUAGGCCUCCUGUAGCUCAGUUGGUAGAGCAUGGUGCUUGCAACGCCAGGGUUGUGGGUUCGAUUCCCACGGGGGGCCAGUAUGAAAAAUGUAUGUACUCACUAACUGUAAGUCACUCUGGAUAAGAGCAUCUGCUAAAUGACCAAAAUGUAAAUGUAUGUGUUUACAGGAGAAAGCCACUAGGAGGCACUCUGUGCUCAGAGCAGAUAAGCUGUGCGUGUGUGUGUCGAUGUCAUUGGAAAACCAUGAAUGGACUGGCAGGGUAGUCAGUGAUAUCUCUACGGAUAUCAUGAAGGGCAGAGAGGAGAGGAGAAGGUUGAGAUGUGGCAUGUGUGUAAUAUGUACCUGGACCACAGUGGGAUUUCAGAUGUUAAAUGGAGAAACCACUGUAGCCUGCAGAGCUGAGUGAGAACAUUAUGUUGUAUGGGAAUGUAUCAUCCUUGAAGGUGGCUCAGUUUAUAGGAGGAGAGGGAACUAACACUAAGACCACGGAUGCCCAUAGUCUAGUCUUACCAAGGAGCUUAACACCUGUAGUAGUUCUGCGUGGCUGGCGGAUCAAUGGAGAGAAAGGAGAGCGAGAGGAGAGAGAGAGGAGAGAGAGAGGAGAAGAGAGGAGGGGGGGGGGGAGGGAGAAGAGAGAGGAGAGGAGAGAGAGCAGAGAGAGAAGAGAAGAGAGAUGCGAGAGGAGGGGGGGAGAGAGAGAGAGAAGAGAGAGAGAAGGAGAGGAAGAGAGAGAAGAGAGGAAGAGAGAGAGAGAGAGAGGGAGGGAGAGGAAGGAGAGAGAGAGAGAGAGAGAGAAGGAAGAAGAGAGAGAGAUUGAGAACGAGGGGACGAGAGUAGAGAGAGAGAGAGAGAGAGAGCGAUAGAGAGCGAGAGAGAGAUCGAGAGGUAGAUCUCUUAUUUCUAUCUAUAUCUAGAUAUCUAUAUAUUAUUUAUAUUUCCUAUCUUUCUCUAUCUCUUUUUCUCUCCUCUAUUCUGUCUAUCUGUCUCUCUCUCUCUCUCUCUCUUUCUCUAUCUGUCUGUCUGUCUGUCUGUGUAUAUCUAUCUAUCUAUUCAUACUAUCUAUCUAUCUAUCUAUCGCGCUCUCUCGCUCUCUCUCUCUUCUCUCUCUCUCUCUCUCGCUUAUCUUCUCUCUCUCUCUCUCUCUCUCUCUCUCUCUCUCUCUCUCUCUCUCUCUCUCUCGCUCUCUCUCAGCUGAACAUGUUGAAGGAGGUACACCAGGAUGAGUUGGGUCGUAUGUCGGAGGACCUGGAGGAUGAGCUGGGAGCACGCACCAGUAUGGAUAAGAAACUGGCCGAGCUACGUGCAGAGGUGAGGCUUAAACACACAGCCAGUGGGCUUUUAACCAUCUAUAAUGGGUUGUAAUGGACUGGACUUACAUAGCUUUAUAGAUCUUUACACUUAAUGGGAGUAAUUCAGCCCAUUCAACAUCAAUUAAACUCAAUCAAGUUUACUCUCGUCUCUGACUCCAUGUUACCCACUAGUCGACAUGGUGGCAUUGGGAGCUGGCUGGGUGGGCAGUGUGUCACUGACGUACUAAGUUGUCAUUUUUGGAGAGUAUAUUUCACGCCUGUGGCUCAUGGUGGAGCGGAAUGAGUCCUCUCCUUUGAAGUGUUCUUUAGAGAGCCCUCCUCCCAUGUCCUGUCCCCCCUCAGAGGAGCGUGUCACAUUGUCCCAGCGGCCCCUGGGGGCCCGACGCCAGCCCGCUGUCAGCCCCACGUGCCUCACGCCUCUCCUCUCUUUUCUCUCCCUCUCCUCUGUUCUUCCUUAUUGUCCCAGCAGCAACAUCCUCUCUGCUCUGUGCUGCUCAGAUAUCAGCUGUGGGAAUACACCCUGUGCAUGUUUAAUGGCUCUGCUGUGGUGGCUGGCAGUCCGGGCUGAAGGAAAGGAGAGUAUGAUAAAAUGCUAAUGGUCCAUCUCUUCACUUGUAGAGCAUUUACAAAGGGCUUUACUGUCACGACCUGGACACUGGUGCUCUGACUGACUAACUGACUGCAGGGAGGCGUCUCUAUAUUCCUCUCUGGUACAGCGAUUGGUUGUUUCAACUUUCCCUCUGACCUCGUCCUCUCCCUCUGAUUUUACAUUGUUUUCCCUCCUCUCCACCAUCACUCCCUCCUCCCACUCCUCCUCAGAUGGAGCGCCUGCAGGUGGAGAACGCUGCUGAGUGGGGCCGGCGAGAGCGUCUGGAGACCGAGAAGCUGGCCCUAGAGAGGGACAACAAGAAGCUGCGUGCGCAGACGGAGGACCUUGAAGAACAGCUGGCCCGUAAACGCCGGCAGGCGGCCAGUGCCCUGGACACUGACCUCAAGACCAUCCAGACUGAGCUGUUUGAGAGGAAUAAGGUGAGAGCAGAGAGCAGGAAACUCGCUCUGUGCACCACUGUCUCAAAGAAUGUAAAUUAUGAAACGCUAACCUUGUACCUACAGUAUGUUUGCCCUCUAGUUGCGAGUCUUUUCUUUGUUUUCUGAAAUAAACAUUAGUCAAAUACAACCACUUACUGUUUCCUUGUUGAGAUUCAAUUGGCACAUGCACAUUUGCGCUGAGUUGCAAUCUUAGAGCAACAGCAAUGAGCAAACAGUCGGUGGUUGUAGUGUAUUAACAUUUAUUUAAUAAGUAUGGAUUUCAGCAAACAAAGAAAGGACAAACAUAGGUACAAGGUAAGCGUUUCAUAAUUAUUAUUGACGUUGGGCAAAUCGAUGUAGUCGGAGUUGAAUUCCACAAAGCCUGGUCUCAGCUCUACUCCGUUGGUGGAGUUCAUCAGAAACUUCCUUCACAAUGGAGUGGAGUUUAGUCAGCUGCAUUUUAUGUGGUGUGCAGUGGUGUAAAGUACUAAAGUAAAAAUACUUUAAAGUACUACUUAAGUAGAUUUUGGGGGUAUCUGUACUUAACUUUUUAUUUUUGGGACAACUUUUACUUUAACUCCACUACAUUCCUAAAGAAAAGAACAGGAAAAUGGUCCAAUUCACACACUUAUCAAGAGAACAUCCUUGGUCAUCCCUACUGCCUCUGAUCUGGUGGACUCACUAAACACAAAUACUUUGUUUGUAAAUGAUGUCUGAGUGUGUGACGGUGCCCCUGGCUAUCCGUAAAUAAAAUAAAAAAAUAAAUAAAAUUGUGCCAUCUGGUUUCCUUAUAUAAGGAAUGUGAAAUUAUUUAUACUUUUACUUUACUUUUGAUACGUAAGUAGAUUUUAGCAAUUACAUUUACUUUUGAUACUUAAGUAUAUUUAAAACCAAAGACCUUUAGACUUUUACUCAAGUAGUAUUUUACUGGGUGACUUUCACUUUUACUUGAGUCAUUUUCUAUUUAGGUAACUUUACUUUUACUCAAGUAUGACACCACACUGUUGGUGUCUUACAUGAAUACCUGUGUAAUACCUGUGCCCUUGGGAUUCCUUUACUGCAGUAUACACUUCUGGGGUCAUGCAUCUGGGGCUUUUCCACCUGAGGACACUGUAACUUGUGAUGGGGAUCUUUUUUUACAUAUCAUAAUAUUAUACUGAACAAAAAUUUAAACGCAACAUGCAACAAUUUCAAAGAUUUUACUGAGUUAUAUAUAAGGAAAUCAGUCAAUUUAAAUAAAUGCAUUGGUCCCUGAUCUAUGGAUUUCACAUGACUGGGCAAGGGCGCAGUCAUGGGUGGGCCUGGAAGGGCAUAGAUAGACCCACCCACUGGGGAGCCAGGCCCAUCCCCUGGGGAGCCAUGCCCAGCCAAUCAGAAUGAGUUUCUCCCCACAAAAGGGCCUCAGCACCCCCCUCCCCCCUCAGACGAUCCCACAAGUGAAGAAGCCGGAUGUGGAGGUCCUGGGCUGGCGUGGUUACACAUGGUCUGCGGUUGUGAGGCCGGUUGGACGUACUGCCAAAUUCUCUAAAACGACGUUGGAAGUGGCUUAUGGUAGAGAAAUUUACAUUAAACAGUUUUGUCCCCCCUCAGGUUCUCUGGCAGGCUAUUCCAGAGGCUGGGGGCAUAAUAACUAAAGGCUGUCUCUCCAUGCCUCUAGGUCCUGGGCUCAUGAAACAUGGGACUAACACUUUACAUGUUGCAUUUAUAAUUGGGUUCAGUAUAUUUUGGGAUGAUAUUUUAUUGAUAUUUGUCUCCAAGUAUCAAUUUGUAAAUAAAAAAUUGCUACUCUAGGUAGCGUUAGCUGGCACGUACUACCAUACCCCAGUCAAAGGCAUUUAAAUAUUUUGUCUUGCCCAUUCACCCUCUGAAUGGCACACAUACACAAUCCAUGUCUCAAGGCUUAAAAAUCCUUCUUUAACCUUUCUCCUCCCCUUCAUCUACACUUAUUAAAGUGGAUUUAACAGGUGACAUCAAUAAGGGAUCAUAGCUUUCACCUGGUUAGUCUAUGUCAUGGAAAGAGCAGGUGUUCCUAAUGUUUUGUACACUCAGAACAUCAAAUCUCCUUUGCACAUAAGUAUCAUAAGGUCCCUGGCAAUUCCUAGCCCUACCUGUAACUAGGACAUUUACAUUUGAGUCAUUUAGCAGACACUCUUAUCCCAAAAUAAUUACAGGAGCAAUGGCACAUCAACACAUUUUUAAUUUAGUCGGCUCAGGGGUUCGAACCAGAGACCUUUCAGUUGCUGGCGCAAUGCGCUUAACCUCUAGGCUAUAGGAUUAACACACAUUAGGCCUUCCACACUGAGGGGUACUUAUUUGCAAAUAGUCUCACAUGAACUGGGAGAGGAGGAGUGGGAAGGAAAGUGAAUGUGGAGCAGACAGACAGAUGGAGAUGGAGGAACCUUGAAAUCUUCAAUUCAAAUCUGUCCCCCAUGCACAGUGCUACACUGCCACAGGACCCCAUUAUCCUGUGCUGUCCAUAAAUUCUGCCCAUGUCAUAGAGAUUAAGGACCCUUAUCCAUCAAGAGCAGGUGGCCUGUUCCGACUGGGUAGUGUCCUUGUGCACUGGAUGACAUGAAUGCAUUAGGCUGGCUAGGGCUCAGUGCACUGCAUGGCAUGCGGCCUCCCGCCAGUGCUAACACAUUUCAUUACAUACUGUACAGCUCUGAAUAAUCUUUAGUCAUUAGGUCUCUGCCUGGUUGUUAGACACAUAGGAAAUAUGCCUCUCAUCAGACACGUACAAAGCAUGUGUUCAUCAGACAUGGUCUCUAGCUGGCUGCUGUGGAAUGAGAGCGUCACACUCUGUGGCAACUUAUCACAGGUAACAAAUCAGGUCACCACUGAGAGAGAGAGGAGCAGAGAGAAUAGAGGAGAAUUGAGGAUGUGUGUGCUUGUGAGAGAGAGUGUUUGUGUAUCUCUAGUAUACAGAUUGGCCAGGCUGGAGACAUUGAAACUGUGUGGCUGAUGGAUGUCCUUCUCUGUGUGUUGUUGAAGCAGGGUAUCGAUCGAGACGGGGGGAGAGAAACACAUAGACGAUUAA